AUGGCCAGUAUCCCUGACGAAUGGCUGUGGAUUGUCAUCGUCAGCUUCAUCAUCUCAUUCUUCCUGGCCUUUGGCAUCGGAGCUAACGAUGUGGCAAACUCAUUCGGCACCUCUGUUGGAUCAAAAGUGUUAACGCUGUUUAAAGCUUGCAUCUUGGCCACGAUAUUUGAAAUCCUUGGUGCUGUUUUAAUAGGGUAUCGAGUAUCUGACACCAUACGUAAAGGCAUCAUCGAUGUGAACCCGUACAAUAACUCUGAGACAUUACUGCUGAUGGGAAAUCUCUCAGCCUUGACAGGUUCCUGUAUAUGGCUGUUCUUAGCAACAUUCCUUAGUCUUCCAGUAUCAGCCACACACAGUAUUGUUGGAGCUACUAUAGGAUUCAGCUUGGUGGCCAAAGGUGCUGAUGGUGUCAACUGGGCGAAACUGGGACUUAUUGUUGCUUCCUGGUUCAUCUCUCCUGUGAUGGCUGGAUCUAUUUCUGUGGCACUGUUUUGGUUUAUCCGGAAACUAGUGCUCAGUAAAGCCAAACCGCUAGAACCAGGCUUGAAGCUACUGCCCUUGUUCUAUGGGAUCACCAUACUUAUUAAUGCAAUCUCUGUGUUCCUGGAUGGAUCAGAGUUGCUGCAGUUUAACAAGAUUCCACUGUAUGGGACUUUUAUUCUCUCCUUUGGCCUGGCUUUGUUGACUGCACUAGGGAUUAGAUUCCUUGUUGUGCCUUGGAUGAGGAAGAGAAUCGAAGAGGGUUUGGAAACAGAUGUUUUAGUGCCUAGUGCUUCAUUGAAGGGUAACAGAAGA